AAGCUCAGACAUCUGCCUGCCUCUGCCUUUCCAGGGCUGGGAUUAAAGGCAUGUGCCACCGUUUGUCUGGCUACAAUACUUUUGUUUGAUGGAACAAUAUAAAGUAUUUAUUCUCUUGAGAACCAGAGCAGAAAAAUCCAAUUAAGAUUCAAAUAGUGAAUAACUACAUAUUUAGCAAGCCUCCAAUCAGUUCACUAAUGUCUGGUACUAUUUGUCCAAUGGAUGACCUACCAAUCAUUUACAUGAAACUUAAUGUCAACUACUUGCCCAAUGGAUGACCUACCAUUUACAUGAAACUUAAGAAUUAGCCAUUACUCUGCUCUUCAGGAAGAUUUUACUCCAGUUCUCAGUUGGACAAAGGCCUGCUGCCCUUAAAGGUAAAUGGAAUUAGGAAUGCAUUUUUCAGUUUUGGGAAAGGAUGCUAACAGCAAGGCUUGAGGCAGCGGAUAGAGAACUUCAGGAAGAUGUUUCCUAGGCUUCCAGGGAUGCUGAUGGAAUCUGGAACAAUAAUUAACUGCUUUGUAUGUUGAAACGUUCCUCAAGACAGUAAUCAGAAGAGGUACAAUUAUUAAGGUGAGUCCCAAUAGUUGCUUCAAGGGCCAAAAGGCUGCAUUGCCAGAGUAUCUCUUGGGCGUGUUUUGUUGGUAAAAAUGGCUGCUCAUCUAUUUCCAAUGGGGUAUGGAGUUGUGUUCAGUCACUGACCAGCCCACUUUCUUAGUCAACCCCGUGGAGAGGAGCUUGUUAAAAAAUUUCCCCAAACAAAGAAAAUUAUUCCUUAACAGCUUUCAUAGAGCCUAAUCCAGUCUUGGCUUCACAUAUCUUACGCAGGACAAACAGGACGUCAUAUUCUCCAUUGUUCCUAAUGAGCUCUAAAUUCACUUCUAGAAGAUUAUACCUCCAACUUGUACCUUGUCCAACAAAAGAGAAAAACAAGUUAAAAACAACAGUUAGGUUGCUGGAAAAUAUUCCAAGUACUUUGGGAUUUUGGACCACCUGUGAUGCUGUAUUAAGUGGAAAAUUAUUUUCAGGAGUAGAUUAUAUUAUUUAGACUAUUUAUAACUUUUCAAGGUCAGCCUUUCCCUAACAGCAUUUUUUUUUUCUCAUUAAGGUGCUCUGGGAAUUCUAGAAUUACCUAUCUUGGAACAUUCAGGAGGAGACUAUAGGUUGAGCAUCCCUCAUGUGAAAACUCGCAAAGUUGAAAUGCUCCACAGUGCAAAACUGGACCUCACACGAUGGCUUGCACGGAAACUUCAGGCAUAGUUGGCUGGCUUGUUGUUCCUGCUAAAUAUUGACACAGCCCAACAGACUCAUGUUUAUGGGAAGGAGUUUAGAAUCCAAGAAACCCAGUGACUGGAAUACAUUGUGGGUUGCAGUGCAUGUCCCACGAGUCUUUCAAAUGUAUUUUUUUGCUUUGCCACAGUUAAUUAUUGGAAGAGGGGAAGGUGUUCUACAGCGGGCUGUUUCUUAAAGCAUUGCUUCCCCAAGUGCUUAACAUUAAUAUUAAAUACAUUCCCUUGAUUUUAUAUCGAGAUGUGGAUGUAUCCCCCACCUCAACGGAACAGCAUAACUAAAUUUGAAGUGGACUUAAAUUCUUGGACUACAAACGUCUGUUAGUUGCUUUCACCAGAGUGCCUUAUUUAAAAGCUCUGACUAUUUUAAACCCGAAUCCUACUCAGAUCCCGAAAGAGUAGGACCGGUGUUCCAAAGACUUAAAAUGAAAAAAAAAAAAAAAAAAUUCCAUGAAGAAACCAGCUCAAACAGCAGGACGAGUCAUUCAUCCAGCGAGGCAAACUUGCGGAAACUGCCAAGUUGGCAAACUUACCGGGGGAACCCAACCUGACUGCAAAGUUGACCUAAGCUCCAGAGCCGGGACCGCGGAGACCUGCUCCCCGCGGGGCUCGCCGAGAUCCGCGAGGGGCCGAAGGGGCGCCCCGCUGCCCGGAGCACCACCGCCCGCCCCUGAGACCCGCCUCACCCCUUCCCCGGCCCGCAGCAGAUUCCCAAGGCCCGCGGAGGCGGGGAGCAAGCGGCCUGCGAACGAGACUCGGGACUCACCGGCUUCUCCGUGGGACCCGACGGCGAGGCGCUCGCUGCCCGGACGGACUCCCAGUCCCACGCGGAGCCCGAAUCUCGCUGCCCAGCACAGCCCGCUCCGCAGACCCCGCCCCUCGGCCGCCGCGCGCACAGCGCCCCCUGCCGGAGACCAGCUCCUGCUCACACCCAGGGGCUUCGCUGCGGCCGCCGUGGGAGGGGCGUCGCCGGGGGCGAAUCCUUGGCUGUGCAAGGGGGACCCAGGGUCACCAGCAGGGCUCACUGGAAACCGACUGGGACCUGGUCGAAAUCUGCAGUUGUGCAUUUCGCCUGUUGCCGGGCGACGCUGUAGUGAUCCUGGAUCCCACACUUGGAGACCAACUGCUCUGUAGCGAUUACGCCGUCCGCGGUGGAGCGCUCUUCCAACAGAGCAGUUUCUCAGACGACUAGCUGUUAGGACAGUCAGAGGAUGAAUCUGAGUUUGUGAGUGACUUUUACACCGGGUUUAUUUGUUUAUUGUAGCUAUGUGAAUGAAUAUUAUGAUACACACGUGGAGGUCAGAUGAUACCUCGGUGUGGUGGUCACAAGAAGCACAGGGUUGAGAGGAUUUAAAAAUAACCCGUAGCUCUGACGCUAGGGACCACCCUCCGUUCACCACAGAGUUUUGCAGAUUCAACUCAGACUCUAGACACUAACGACCAAGGUGGAGCUGCGUCUCCAACCUGAGUGUUGUUUUUAAUGUGACCCUGGGUCACAAACUCCUCUUUUUCUGAGAUCAGCCUACUUCUGCCUCCCGAGUGCUGGAAUUAAAGGGAUGAUCUGAACUCCACUGUCCUGCGUGUCUUAGUGCUCCGUGGAUAAUGUUUGGGUUCACUGACUCCCAUCAGAUAGUGUAAAAGGCCUUUGAAGAUUAAAUUACCCCGGCCUGACACCUUGUGGCAAAAUAGACGCUUGCAGCUUUUAUUUCCAAGGAAGAAAAUCAUUAGACCGAGGGUUAGGGAAACUUCUAGUUAGUGGGCUAAGACUCACAACCACAGGGGUUCUGUUCCCAGCACGCAGUUGUUCUUCAGUUUCCCAUUUUCUGGCGUGUAUCUUAAGAAUAAAGUUGAUACACCAGAAGGGUAAAUAAAUUAGGUCCUAUAAAUAAGUCUGUACACCCAAACUGCACUCAAAUACCUUCAUCACGUUUGUUUGUUUGUUUAUUUAUUUAUUGUAGGUAUGUGGAUGAAUGUUACUGCAUGCACGUGGAGGUCAGAUGAUAACUAGGUGUGGCAGUCCCAAGAAGCAAGGGUUGGGAGGAUUUCAAAAUAAACCUGUAUUGUAGCUCCAAGUCCAGAGAUUGCCCUCCUCCCACAAUGGAGCUCUGCAGGUUCCAACUGUAAGUCACAAGGACACUUUACCAACUGAGCUGGGUCUCCAACCUGAAUAUUUUUGUAAUGUGGUUCCGGGUCAAGGGCUUCCCGGUUUGAUGACUCCAUGUGCCUUUGAAGGAUAAUUUCUGGACCCUAUAGUGCAUCUGACUGCCAUUUUAGAAGUAAAGAGAGUAAUGUGGUGUGAAAGAUAAAGUAGAGAAGAUGCAAGUGAGACUGAUUAUGAUGGGAGACCCGGGUAAAGAGAGGCUGAACGUCACCGGCACAUUCUGUAUCACAUGAAUGUGGCUAAAGAAUUAAAAUUAAAAAUAGCUAGUAGGGCAUACACAGCAGAGGACUGCCUAAUCUGGCUGCAAUAAGAGA